CAGCAGAGACAUGUCUGCUUACAAAGGACGUCCAACUCGCCCCAAAAAAUGUCCUUCUCCAAUAGCUCUCCUGCUGCAAACCCAUUCUUAGUGGACGCUUUAAUAGGCGCGUACAGGACGGAGACUUUUGGCGCCAAUAUGCACAUGUCUCACGCGUCUGACAUGGGAAGCUACGGAAUGCAAACCUGUGGACUCGUGCCUUCGUUCGCCAAAAGAGGGGACGCGAGCCACCAAAGUGUGCCCUCUUAUAUCGCUCAAAUUGACAACUGGGCCGAGCCGUGCAGAACCGAUGCGCCCAGUCCAAAUUGUACAUACGCACAGGGCAUCAAGGAGGAGGGCAACUGCUGCAUGUUCCCGGAGAAAAGAGUGCAAAAAACCCCGCCGGAAGUCGUCCACGCAUACCAGUCUCUCGUGUCCGAACCGAACCGAAUCCCCGAGAUUCCAGUCCCGGGCUAUUUCAGACUGAGCCAGCCGUACGCCAAUGGGAGGCAUGAGGAGAACUACCGCCACCAGCUGCUGGAUCGCAGCCCGGCUCUGAUCACGCCGCAACCGCAGCCCACAAGCCAGAACGCGGAUCCGUGCGCAUCCAUGGAGGAAGAAGAAGAAGAAGAAGAAGAAGAGGAGGAGAAGUGCGUCGUGGAAGCCGCAGAGUGCAGCCCUGAUGUGCUGGUGCCGCGGGAUGGGAAAGAGAACAAGACCGACACCCCCACCAGCAGCUGGUUGACGGCCAAAAGCGGCAGGAAGAAGCGGUGCCCCUACACCAAGCACCAGACCUUGGAGCUGGAGAAGGAGUUCCUGUUCAACAUGUACCUGACCCGCGAGCGCCGCCUGGAAAUCAGCAGGAGCGUCAACCUGAGCGACAGACAGGUCAAGAUCUGGUUCCAGAACCGAAGGAUGAAGCUGAAGAAAAUGAGUCGGGAAUGUCGAGUGCGUGAACUGAACUGUAAUCUGACUUUCUCCUGAACGACUCGCCACAUCUUUUUCGAUGUUCGCUUGGAGCAUUUGUGUGGCGCUGGACAUUGUUUUUGCCUGCCAUACUUUAUGUUGCUCGGUGUUACUUGCCACACUUUUUCUUCUUAAAUUAUUGGACACUCAUCGGCCACUUUUUUAGGUACCCAACCCAUUGACAUCUAAUUCAGUAAUGCCUCGUUUAUCGUGGUUAAUUAGUUCCAGAUCCAACUAUGAUCAGUGAAUUUCCACCAAGUAGGAUUCCUUAAUUAUAAAUGGAACAUUUUCAGAGUUAAAGCGUAGAGAACCUGUUUAUGGCCUUUUAAAUAAAUUUUUCAACAUUAUUAGAGCCCUCUAGACAUGAAAUAACACCCCUAUAGUCACCUUUACACUCCUUACCCAAUAUAGUAGAAAUAAUAACAUAAAAUAAGACAUAUAAGAAUCCUACACGUGUGUAUUGCUAUAAAUGUGUUCCAGUGCUACAGCGGACAGGAAGUCACGUCGGGGGUUCAGAGUUGAGUUUCAGCUUGGAAACAGCAGCUCGCGUUAGGGAUCAUCGCGCCUGUUGUGAGAUCAUUCAAACCUGCAAUAAAAGCCUGUUGUUCCGCCAAUCAAGUUUGGUGCUUGUGUGUCUCACCCAACAUUGCAGUAACAUUGCUGACACCUAGUGACCAGUCUGGAAGACUACAUGCCAACACCAACCUCUUUGAAUGUUGAAUUUUCUGAAUGCCUUCUAUUUGUAUUUUAAUUCAGUUUGUGCUUAAAAAU